AUGUCUCAGAAGUCAGAAAACAAAAACAAAAGCGUCAUGGCUACCACCGCUCAGGACCACCUCGAAUUCGGAGGCAAGAUCUCAUGGCUUGCCUCGCUCGACACCGCUUUCCGACCCGAGCGUAACUACCGCCGCUCUUCAAUCAUCUGCACCAUUGGCCCCAAGACCAACUCUGUCGAGGCCAUCAACAAGCUCCGAGAUUCCGGUCUUAACGUUGUCCGCAUGAACUUUUCUCACGGAUCAUACGAGUACCACAAGUCCGUCAUUGACCAUGCUCGUGAGUCCGAGGCCACCCACCCUGGCCGCAACGUCGCCAUUGCCCUCGACACCAAGGGUCCCGAAAUCCGAACUGGUAACACUCCCAAUGAUGAGGACAUUCCCAUCAGCGUCGGACACGAGAUGAACAUCACCACCGACGAUGCUUAUGCCACCGCUUGCGACGACAAGAACAUGUACGUCGACUACAAGAACAUCACCAGCGUCAUUGAGCCCGGCCGUAUCAUCUACGUCGACGAUGGUGUCCUCGCUUUCGAUGUCCUCGAGAUUGUUGACGAGAAGACCAUCCGUGUCAAGGCCCGCAACAACGGUGCUAUCUGCUCCAAGAAGGGUGUCAACCUGCCCAACACUGAUGUCGAUCUGCCUGCUCUCUCCGAGAAGGACAAGGCCGAUCUGAAGUUCGGUGUUGAGAACAACGUCGACAUGGUCUUUGCUUCAUUUAUCCGCCGUGCUCAGGACAUCCACGACAUCCGUGAGGUCCUCGGUGAGCAGGGUAAGCGCAUCCAGAUUAUCUCCAAGAUUGAGAACCGACAAGGUCUCAACAACUUCCGUGAGAUCCUCGAGGCCACAGACGGUGUCAUGGUUGCCCGUGGUGAUCUCGGAAUCGAGAUUCCCGCUGCUGAGGUUUUCGCCGCCCAGAAGAAGCUCAUUGCCAUGUGCAACCUUGCCGGCAAGCCCGUCAUCUGCGCUACUCAGAUGCUCGAGUCCAUGAUCAAGAACCCCCGCCCUACCCGUGCCGAAAUCAGCGAUGUCGGUAACGCCAUUACUGACGGUGCCGACUGUGUCAUGCUUUCCGGCGAGACGGCCAAGGGUAGCUACCCCUCUGAGGCCGUCAAGGAGAUGCACGAGGCCUGUCUCAAGGCUGAGAACACCAUCCCCUAUGUCUCCCACUUUGAGGAGAUGUGCACUCUCGUCAAGCGCCCCGUCAGCACUGUCGAGUCUUGUGCCAUGGCCGCUGUCCGCGCCUCUCUCGACCUUGGUGCCGGUGGUAUCAUUGUCCUUUCCACCUCUGGCGAGUCGGCCCGCAUGCUUUCCAAGUACCGACCCGUCUGCCCUAUCUUCAUGGUCACCCGAAGCCCUACAACAUCUCGAUUCGCUCACUUGUACCGUGGCGUUUACCCCUUCCUGUUCCCCGAGCAGAAGCCCGACUUUGCUCAGGUUAACUGGCAGGAGGAUGUUGACCGCCGAAUCAAGUGGGCUGUCAACAACGCUCUCGAGCUUAACGUCCUGACCCCCGGCGACACCGUCGUCGUUGUCCAGGGCUGGAAGGGCGGCAUGGGUAACACCAACACCCUCCGAAUUGUCAAGGCCGACCCCGAGCACCUCGGCAUUGGUCAGCUUCAGUAA